UUAAUAGAAUUAUGAAGAAGUUGUCAGUGUCGUUUGUCAGUUGUGUCAAAUAAAAAUACAACAAACACCAAGAAGCCCGUAAAUAAUCAAAAAUAAGUCUAUUUAUAGUUAAUAAAUUGGUAGAAAAUAAAAUUUAACGAUGUCGGUUCCAAAUUUAACCAACAAUCUGCUACAACAGCAAAACAUCGUGUUAAACCAGGUUCCAAUAACACAUACAAUAAUGACCAAUGUUAAUAAUAGUGUACCUGUGGUUAAUGCUAUUCCACACACAAAUUCUAAUGAUCAGAAUGAUGAUAUCAAAACAGGAAUUCCUAUGGUAGAUACUAUACAAGGAAAUAACGUCGGUGUUCAAAACAUUCAGGUACAGAAUAUACCAAUUCAAAAUGCAACUACACAACAGCAAAAAGCUAUACAACAAAAUAUGUCUACAAAUGAACCAAUGCAAGUACUUACAAAACAACGUCUUCAAGAUUUAGUUAGAGAAACAGACCAAACUCUUAAUCUAGAAGAAGAGGUUGAAGAAAUAAUAUUAAGUUAUGUAGAUGAAUUCGUGGAUAGAUGUCUAAAUGGGGCUGCUCUAAUUGCAAAAAAUCGUCAUGUUAACACAAUUGAAGUGAAAGAUGUGCAGCAAUUUCUUAAUAGAAAUUACAGUAUGUGGACUCCUGGUUUUGGCACUGAUGAAUUGAGACCUUACAAGAGAAGUUUGACGACCGAAGCGCACAAACAGAGAAUUGCGCUUAUAAGAAAAACUUUAAAAAAGUAUUAGUCUUAUUGGAGUUAUUUAUUUUCUAAUUUUGCGUUUUUAAUAAACUUUUCAAUAAAAAAAU